UACAUAUAUUUCACGUAGAACACCAUUCCCAACAAGUGCGAAGCUCGAGAUUCUAACUCCUCUUUGUUUGUUCUCUUCCAUCGCGUGCGGGCGUAUGUUAGAGCAAGCCUCCACUCCUCUCUGUAGCUAUGAUAACUCUCAUCUUCACUUCACCCCCUUCUUCCUUCACUCUGCUCUCUCUCAAGCCUCCAGUCUCCAGACUUAAUCACCAUAGUAACAUCCCGAUUAAGAGGAAGGCUUUUAAGAACAACGGAAUAUGCAGGGCGGAGUUCUCCCGGGACGCUCCGUUUGCUGUGGCUAUUGGAGCGUCUAUAUUGUCUUCGCUGCUUUUGCCUAACACUGCUCAGAUGGACGAAGAUCGUGAAUCCGCCAUUGAUUCGACUGAUGCCAGAUUGACCGUGAUGGGGAUCAUCAGUUUCAUUCCUUACUUUAAUUGGCUGAGUUGGGUAUUUGCAUGGCUUGACACGGGGAACCGGCGAUAUGCUGUCUAUGCUCUUGUAUACAUGGCUCCAUACCUCAGGUCAAAUAUGUCGUUGUCUCCUGAGGAAAGUUGGCUUCCUGUUGCAAGCAUUGUUCUUGGUAUCAUUCACGUGCAGUUGGAAGCAAGUAUCAAAAAUGGAGAUAUCGAGGGAUUUCAGUUAUUCAACAGAGCUUCAGUUUUUCUCUCAUCAAUGAUGAAAAAGAAGGAUAUUAAUUUGGAAGAGCAUGAGGAACUAUUUGAUGAGAAUAGACAAGAAUCAAGGAAUCUACCAUCUGCUGAAGAGCAAUUACGAGAUGAGAUUCAGGAGUGGCGAGUCCCCAAAAAGCCCUCAGAACAUCAUGAACGUCUAAAUGAUGAUUGGGAUGAUGAUCCCAGGAAACUAUAGAAAUCUGCUUGGGUUGCAAUAUAUAACUUUUCAUUGCUUGCAAGUUUUGUUAUUAACCAGCUGCAGACAUUGAUUAUAGUGAUUAUAUGCUUCCAAAAAAAAGAAAUCAUCUUUUUACAUUCUUA